AUGGCCUCCAAACCGGUCAAUCUGCAACUCAAGCCGCGAGGCAAACGCAUUCCAGGCCUGCCGAAGGAGACCAGCACAUACAUCCAGGGCAGCACAGCCGACCUCUACCACCGCAUAGCAGCCGAGUCACGCUUCGACAUACACCGCCUACGCAUCACGAAAGAAGAUGGUACCCUCGUACCUAAUGACAAGAAAACCACAGUCGACAGCUUGGGCCUGAAAGAUGGCAGCGUGGUACAGGUCAAAGAUCUGGGCCUUCAAAUUGCCUGGCGCACAGUCUUCAUCAUCGAAUAUCUCGGUCCCCUUCUCAUCCACCCACUCUUCUACUACGGACGUCCCCUCUAUCACAAGAAUGCCUCCGGCCCACCAUCCUCCCUCCAGACCCUCUCCUUCGCUACGAUAAUGCUGCACUUCCUCAAGCGCGAGCUCGAAACAGCUUUCGUCCACCGCUUCAGCAACGCCACCAUGCCAGUCAUGAACAUCUUCAAGAACUCAGGCCACUACUGGAUCCUCUCUGGCGCGUUGGUAGCGUAUUUCACAUACUCCCCCACAGCGUGGGCUGCGGAGCCGAGUAGCGCGUUGUAUACAUACUUCGCACUGGCCCUGUUUGUGAUUGGUGAGCUAGGGAACUUGAACGCACAUCUUGUGCUUCGGAAUCUGCGAUCACCAGGCGGAACGGAGAGGGGUGUGCCCAAGGGCUUGGGAUUCGAUUGGGUUACGUGCCCGAACUACUUGUUCGAGACGAUUGCGUGGGUGGGUAUGGUGUUGAUUACGAAGAGCUGGGCUACCUUGCUGUUUGCUGUGGUUGCUGUGGGAACUAUGGCGCUUUGGGCGCAGAAGAAGGAGAGGAGGUAUAGGAAAGAGCUGGGUGGAUCGUACAAGAAGAAGACGUUCGCGAUGAUUCCGGGAGUCAUUUGA